CCCCACACACACACACACUGAUACUCAGGACUUCAGGAGUAUUCUUCCCAGACAUGUGCCUCUGUCACUCAUGCACAUACAGCUCCACAACUAAAGCACGCACACACGCACACACACAACUUUUCCACUGUGUUCUGAACUCUGGCACUGCUCUCUCUGUGUGGCUGCUGCAGUCUGGACCUGAACAGCUAACACUCAACAACUUGUAGCUUUUUAUUUUUUCCUGGGGAUUUUCAUAGAUUUUAAACACGUUGAACCAAUCAGCAAUUUCUUAAAAAAAAAAAAAAAAAUUUAAAAGAUAAAACGGUUGGAAGUUUUUGCUAUUUGCUUGUUCAGGUCUUUCAGGAUGGCCGCUGUGAGAGGCUGGGUGGUGGCGCUCCUGCUGGUGCUCCUCUGCCCACCGCAGGUUUCACCUUCGGCUGUGGUGAGCGCCCAGGAUGUGACCGAAGCAGGCGAAGACCUCCACGCCAGACACGCUGGAGAGGCUGAAGAUGAUGAGGGUGUUGAAGACACAGAGGAAGAGGAAGAUAUAGUAGAGGAGGAGGAAAGUGAAGCAGAAAAUGAUGAAGAGGACGAUAAAGAAGAGGAGGACCAAGAGGUUUCUGAUGUUCAAGAAGAAGAGGAAGCAGAGGAAGAUGAGGAUUUUGAUGAUGAGGAGGAAGAUAAUGAAGCUACAGAAGACACAGCUGAUGAUGGUGACACUGAGGAAGAGGAUGGGGCUGCAGAGGAAGAGGAGGCUGGUGAGGAAGAGGCGGCUUCUGAUGAUGAGAAGGAAGAGGCUGGUGAUGAUGCUGAGGAGGAGGAGAAUGAGGAUUCUGAAGAAGAGUCCAUAACAAACAAUGAGGAGGAAGAGGAGGCAGAAGAUCACCCUGCUGACGAAGAAGAAGAUGAAGUUGACAACAAACCAGAACACCUAGCUGACAAACAUGAAGAGGAGGAAACUACAGACAUGCAGCAAUUCCACUCGGGCUCCUUGUGUAGCGUUUGCUCCAUAUGUGAGCAUUGCUCUGAAAACUGUGCUAAAUGUCCCUGUGAGGACGGAGAUGAGUUGGACCACUGUGAGCACUGUGAGAGCUGCUCAUCAUGUUACAUUUGCCCCAUACUGUGUGAUACAGUUUGCACACCAGGUGGCCUUGUAGAUGAAAUAACAAGAUCCCUAUUUCAAACUGUUGCUUCUUUACUCUGAGCCCGCUGGGAAUUGUCACUUUACGCUAAAUGAUAAAAUAUGAAGCUGCUCUCAGGUCAGCAGCACAAGGACUUCACAUUGACGAGACCUCGCCCUGAGUCAUUUCUUGUGUUUUAAGAAUUGUCUCAUUAAUACUUAUUUAUCCUCAGAUGUCAGUUUUGCAGGGUUUAAUAUAAUUUUAUGAGUUUCAUUGUAAACAGCUACAAUAAUUACUUUAAUGUAGCAAGAAUUUGAAUUGAUGAGUCAGAAAGAUUGAAGACGAUUUAAGCA